CACAUUUUUAGGCAGUCCGUAUGACCAACGUUCGCUUAACUAGUUUAAGUUAGCUGGCUAACAUUGAUAGCUAGUAAAGUUAGCAAGCAAUGCCAGAAAUGAAAGACGAAGUGGGACAGAUAUUUUUAGACACAGCUAACUGGCUAAUAUUAAAUUCGAGCCAGGGAACUGACACAGGAAAUGCAAUGAUGGCCCAGUCGAACCAGCCACAACAUUUAGCUAGCCUCUUCUUCGCGCCGGCAACCAGCAUAGUUAGCUAGCUAACCAAAACUUCUAGCCAUUCAGUCAGCAACCACCACAGAUGUAGUAUUUUUGACCGAUUGGCAACGGGUUGCCAGCUAGCUAACGUUAGCUAGCUACCGCAGCUAUUUAACGCCACGUCGUUAGCCAAUCAGUUAACGUUAGCUAGCCAGAUACUGGUAUGUUCAUAUUGUUAGGCUAGCACCGUUAGCCAGCUAGAUAACGCUACUAGUUACAAAAAAUAACGCUACUAGUUAGCUAGCUAAUGACAUUACGUUAGCUAACGCCGGUUUGUUUGAACUAGCCAGUAACGUCGUUAGCUAAUAACUGGCAUGACGUUACCACAACUGAAAAGCAAGCCAAAGCUGUCCUUGGACCUGAUGUGAUGGAAGAUUGCCCUGAAUGUUCAAAAUAGCUUGUUGAAACGCUUUAGGAAAUGGACAGAAGAAUAGAAGGAAAGCUUAGGAUCAGCCAGAAAGAGAAAGUGUCCAGUAAUAACACUACACAGUCGCCAUUGAAGACGGGCGUCGUGAUCCAGGACGACUCCCCACACGCUGCGCCCCCGCCCCAGAUCCGCAUUCUGAAGCGGCCCUCCAGUAACGGGUCGUUAGGGUCGCCCCAGGGCCAGAACCGGCCCGUGCCACAGGUCAAGUCCCUGGCCCAGCGGGAGGCAGAGUACGCUGAGGCCAGGAAGAGAAUACUGGGCAGUGCCAGCCCUGAAGAGUCGCCUCAGGAAAAGCCCAACACAGACCGACCAGGGCGUACAAAUUCUACCACACCUCCAGAGGACCGGUCAAACAAUCAUGCUGUCCGCCAACCAGCAGGCCCCGACGGCACUCAAGGCUUCUGCCAAAACAGAUAAGUGGAAGAGGGGCAAUCCUGCUAUCGGGAGAGAUGGCGAGGAAGAUGAAAUGUCUGGGCUCCAGGGGGUAUCACAGGGUUUUAAAAACCAUUUCCUUCUAUUCCAUGGUAUGGGAUCAGCUGUGAAUCGGAAUGCAAAUGUCCUCCCCUCUCAUGGCUCCCACUGGUAAUGUGUGGGAUGGAUUAGAGGCUCUGUAGGAAGCAUGCUUUCUCCCCCUCUCCAUCCCACCCCCACUGUUUAACACUGUGAUAAAGGACAUCUUCUGCCUACUGUGAUGAUCCCUUUAAGUACCCCACCCUACACCCACGUUGUCCAAGGAGUCCUCUCCUUCUCUCGUCAUGGGAAACCUAUGGGGCUAUUGCUUCUGUGGCUAAUUUGGUCAUCAGCCAUGGACACUUCCAUAUGGAAAUACUGAGAGCAGAGGAUGCUUAACAGAAGAGUAGUGACCGAAGCAAAGCAAAAUGAGGGAUGGUAGUACAGUGCCUUCAAAAGUAUUCAUACCACCUGACUUAUUCCACAUUUUGUAUUAAAUAUAAUUUUUUCUCAUCUGUCUACACAUGAUACCCGAUAAUGACAAAGUGAAAACAUGUCAUUUCAUAAGUAUUGAAUGAAAUAUCUAAUUUACAUCAGUAUUCACACCCCUGAGUCAAUACUUUGUGGAAGCACCUUUGGCAGCGAUUACAGCUGUGUCUUUUUGCGUAAGUCUCUAAAAGCUUUCCGCACCUGGGUUGUGCAACAUUUGCCCAUUUUAUUAUUUUCAAAAUUCUUCAAGCUCUGUCAUUGCUAGACAACCAUUUUCAGGUCUUGUCGUAGAUUUCAAUUGUAACUUGGCCACUCAGGAGCAUUCACUGUCUUCUUGGUAAGCAACUUCAGUGUAGAUUUGGCCUUAUUUUAGGUUAUUGUCCUGCUGAAAGGUGAAUUAAUCUCUGUGUCUGGUGGAAAGCAGACAACCAGGUUUUCCUCUGGGAUUUUGCCUGUACUUAGCUCAAUUCCAUACAUUUUUUGUUGUUGUUAUCCUAUAAAACUCCCCAGACGUUAACAAUUACAAGCAUACCAUCGUAUGAUGCUUGAGAAUAUGGGGAAUGCUACUCAAUAAUGUAUUGGAUUUUUCCAAACAUAACUUUGUCCUGAAUCAAAAGUAUUAAUUGUUUUUUAAAAUUCUGUACAGGUUUCCUUUUCACUCUCAAUUAGGUUAGUAUUGUGGAGUAACUACAGUGUUGUUGAUCCAUCCUCAAUUUUCUCCUAUCAGAGCCAUUAUACUCAGUAACUGUUUUAAAGUCACAAUUGGCAUCAUGGUGAAAUUCCUGAGCGGGUUUCUUCCUCUCUGGCAACUGAGUUAGGAAGGCUGUCAAGUCUUUUUGUAGAGACUGGGUGUAUUGAUACACCAUCCGAAGUGUAAUUAACUUCACCAUGCUCAAAGGGAUAUUUAAUGUCUGCUUUUUUUUGACCCAUCUACCAAUGGGUAGCAUUCUUUGCAAGGCAUUGGAAAACCUUGGUCUUUGGUUGAAUCUGUGUUUGAAAUUCACUGAUCAACUGCGGGGACCUCACAGAUAAUUGUAUGUGGGGUACAGAGAUGAGGUAGUCAUUCAAAUAUCAUGUUAAACACUUAUUGCACACAGUGAGUCCAUGCAACUUAUGUGAGUUGUUUAGCAAAUUUCUACUCCUGAACUUAUUUAGGCCUGCCUUAAAGGGGUUGAAUACUUAUUGACUGACUCAACAUUUCAGCUUUUCAUUAUUACAUAACAUAAUUCCUAUUUGACAUUAUGGGGUAUUGUCUGUGUGUAGGCCAGUGGCAAAUCUAAAUUUUAAAUGUAGCUUCUAACACAACAAAAUGUGGGGAAAAGUCGAGGGGUGUGAAUACUUUUUGAAGGCACUAUACCUAUUACCAGCUUCACCCAGCAAUAAUGCUAGAGAUACCAUUCAAUUCCCCCUUACUCCACAGCCCUCAUCUCAUGUUUUUUGUUGUCAAUGUUCCACUUAUAUUUGGAUUAUUGAUGAUCAAAUCUGUACAUUGCCAUUAGUUUUCAAUGGAGGGUGAUGUGUGGAAGUUGAGUUCUGAUAACUUCUGUUUACGGUUGUCUUUUUUAAAAUUUAGCUUUUUCUGGCGUCUGUCCUGAUUUCUAUUUAAAAUAUUUAAAUAAAACAGUACAACAAGACAAAUGGAGAUCAAAUUGUGGAUUUUGGUCCUUUUUGUUUAAUAUUUUCUGUAUUUUUGUAUGAUGAGACUGUAGUGAUGUCAGAGCAGUAUUUUAAUCAACCCCCAUUUUUAAAUUAUUCUGUUAAUAUCGGUUAGUUCAAACUCAACUGUAGAGGAGGUGCUGGCAGGACUUGGGGGGGGGGGGGUCAUGGGAAAUAAAUGUACUGCUGUACCCUUUACUGCCCCUCCAUAUCUACUGUCAACUGUAUGUUCAUUUCUUCUAAUGUACUUCACUGAAGUAGUAACUCAGGUGCUGAUGAGAGACAGUCUUUGACAUUUCAAUCUUAAGGAGGGAUUGAGUGCAAAAAAAAGGUGAUGUUCAUAAUAAUACCUGAGUUAGCACCUACUUUCAAAACUGAUAAUGCUGCACCGAUGUGUUCAACAAAUGUAUGUUUGUAAUGAAAGGAAUCUGAGUCAGUCCAAGUCUGCCAGGUGGUUAGCCUAUGGCCCCUUCAGUAUGCCAUGGUAUUUGAAUGGAGGAAUAUCACUACGCUACUCCAAAGAACCCAGUGGAGUCCAGGGCCCUCUAUAGCAGCCAUGUUACUGCUUCAGAUAGAAAUGUGCAAAAUGGACACUGGUAGUCACUUAACUAUGAACCAUUCAUCUGGAGUGUUCGGUUACAUUGCUUCCGCACUGACUUAAGUUUUCACCUGAUGUCAUAUUAGUGAGGAGGUUUUGGUUGUGUAAACUGAAUAUGCUAAAGGUUAAACCCUGGAUACUGUUAAGGGAUUCCUGAAAGUCUGUCUGCACCAACCCAACUAGCGGGGGGAGGCAGAGGAUCAACAUGGUUUGUGAAGCUCUGAGUGAGAACACAAAAAGGCCUGUAAAUAUUGAUUGAAUAAAAAUGAUUUGUAAAAUAA